CUGCAGUUGAAUUCAGUAUGGCAUCAGAAAAGACCACAAAACCCCAUCUGCUAAAGGCUGAGGAACAGCAGCAAGCGAGUGCUGUUAAUCGGGUAACCAGCUUGCCCUUGCUCAACUCUGCAUUCAACCUGGUCUCAUCUGCCUACAACCAUACCAAGGAGACGCAUCCUUACCUCAGUGGUGUCUGCAAUGUGGCUGAGACUGUGGCUGCUGUCGCAGUAAUCUCAGACACCAAGCAGCUGGUUUCCACUAAAGUGACAUCUGCUAUGGAUGCUGCCUGUGAGGCAAAGGAAGCAAUGGCUGAUAAGGUGACUGAAGCUGUGGACCUCACUAAAAAUGUUGUUGGGGACAGUGUCAAGCUGACUAGGUCAAUGGUCACCUCCACUGUUAACAGUGCUGUGGAGGCUGCUCAGGGUGCCAAGGACCUUGUGACUAACAAGGUGACAGAGGCAGUAGACCUCACUAAACACAUGGUGGAGGACAGUGUUGGACUGACCAAGUCUGCGGUUGCUUCUACUAUCGUCAAUGCUGUGGAGGCUGCCCAAGGUGCCAAGGUCCUUAUGACUAACAAGGUGGCUGAAGCGGUGGACCUCAGUAAACAUAUUGUAGAGGACAGCAUUGGACUGACCAAGUCUGCAGUUGCUUCUACUGUUGUCAAUGCUGUGGAGGCUGCCCAGGGUGCCAAGGAUGUUGUGACUACCAAGAUGACCGAAGCUGUGGACCUUGGUAAACAUAUUGUGGAGGAUAGCGUUGGACUGACCAAGUCUGCAGUUGCUUCUACUAUUGUCAAUGCUGUGGAAGCUGCCCAAGGUGCCAAGGACCUUGUGACUAACAAGGUGACAGAGGCAGUGGAUCUCACUAAACACAUUGUGGAGGACAGUGUUGGACUGACCAAGUCUGCGGUUACUUCUACUAUUACUGCUGCUGUAGGAGCUACAGUGAGCCAAGCAGUGGCAGGUGGUGUGGAAUCUGUCCUAGGUAUAUCAGAAGAACUGGUGGAUCACUACCUCCCAAUGACAGAGGAGGAACUAGGUAAACUGGCCACUGCUGUGGAGGGAUUUGGUAUGGCUUCUGUGGAGGAGCAGAAACAGCAACAGAGUUACUUUGUGCGUCUGGGUUCCCUCUCUAACAAAGUCCGCCACCAAGCCUACCAGCACUCCCUGAACAAACUGCAGCGUGUGAAGCAAAGCACCCAGGACACUCUCUCACGACUACAGCUGGCAAUAAAACUGAUUGAAUCUGUGAAGCAAGAGGUUGGCCAGAAGGUUCUGGAUGGGCAGGAGAAGCUCCAUCAGCUGUGGGUGGAUUGGAGCCUGACACAACCCAAAGGAAAUCAAGUUAAAACUGCCUCCCAAGCAGAGAUAGAGUCACGGACUCUAGCUAUGCUGCAUAUCAUCACCCAGCAGCUACAACAUGUUUAUGAGAAUCUGAAAGCCAGCAUCCAAGGCCUCCCCAGCAACAUCCAAGAAGCUGUGUAUCAGGCCACUCGAAAUAUCCACAAGCUCCAUAGUUCUUUUUCCAGUGCUAUGUCUUUCCAGGAAGUCUCCAGCACCACCCUGACCCAGAGCCAGGGCUGCGUAGCAGAAGCCCGAAGGUCCCUAGAUGACCUGUUUGAGUAUGUAACUCAGAACACCCCUCUAAACUGGCUUGUGGGUCCCUUCAGGGCGAUAGCUGCAGUGUCACAGGAUAGCAGAAAGCAGAAGAAGAAAGAUAUGGUGACUGAUAUAAAAUCACCUGUGUUGGAAAAGGCUACAUCAUCAAAGGAGGUGGUUAAGACACCUGAAGAACCAAAGAGAGUGAAGAGGAGACCAAGGAAAGGGUGUGAAGUGCUAGGGAAGCCGGAAGAGAAGGCAGAGAAAGACAUAGAGGUGGCAGAGGCUGCAAAGGAGAUAAAAACUAAUGCACCAGAGGAAGAUCUCUGA